AUGCGGAAAGAGUUCAAAUAUUAUGACCGUUUAACAAGACUAGAAACGGGAAUUUCAAUUGAUCCCACGAGAAAUAUAAUCUCAGCAUCAAAGGAUUGGUGGGAUGAGAAAAUAAAGGAAGAUAAAGAGUAUGCUAAGUUUAAGGAUAAGAAUUUGGAUGUAUAUCAAGCAUAUUACGAGACUUUAUUUCGGGAUACCGUAGCUGUUGGAGACAAGGCUAAGGUACCUUGCAAAUUUGGCAAAGGUAGCACUCCAAAUGAUGUACCGUUUGUGGAUAUUACGGAUGGAAAAGUGGAUAUUGACAAAGUCAGCUUAUUUAAAGAUGUUGAUCCUUUUCUCACAUAUGAUAGUUCAAGUAUGAAAAAGAGGGGAAAGAAGUUAACUCCUAGGUGUGACAACAAAAGAAAAUUUGAAGGGAAAAAUGAAGGAAAAAAUGAAGGAAAAAGUAUGGCAUACUCGUCAUAUGAAGAGAAACUGGACACUAUUUUUGAUGUUUUGUUAACAAGGAGCACUCAACCUUCUAGACAAACCACACAGUCACCCACAACAGAAGAUUGCAUGGCAAUUCUCUCUACUUUCCUAGGUUUUGAAGAAGGAUCAAUAGGAUAUUUAGAAGCGUUAGAGGUCUUUUUAAAGAAGCUAGCUCGUCAAAAUUUUAUGGUUCCAAAGACUAACGAAACAAAGAUGGAGUUUCUCAAGAGGCUUAUACAGAAAGAGAAGUAG